UGUUAAACAUGUUAAUAGUGUUAUUGUUGGCAUGUUGCGAUAGAAGAAGUAAAAAUCUGUUUCAGGUAGUACUGAACACAAAAGUAUUUUUUACAGCUUUGAAAGCAAAUACAUGUAAUGUACACCUGCAGUCAAAACUCUAAUGCAACCUGUAUUAGAUGGAAAUAAAUUAUAAAGUCAACACAGAUUAGCUGUUAUCAUGUGGGAGGGAUCAAAUCAUGUGUCCUCUCACAAGAUUUGUGGACUUUAACCGUGGAGCCUACUUUCCUUGGUGGUUAGCCGACUCUUUGACUCAAACAACAGAAUGAUUGACCCGAAGAACGGACGAUCCUUUGAUCCUCUGCUAAGUGACCGCAGGGCUUUGGUUUUGCGUCACACUGUUGUCUUGAUUCUCCUAACACACUGUUGUGGUGGUCAGACUCAGAUGAUUGCCCAACCUCAGACAUUGGUAGCAAUGGCUGGUGAUGACAUCAUUUUGCCAUGUCAACUGGAACCUGCCGUGGAUGCUGUUUCUAUGACUACAGAGUGGGCACGAACUGAUCUGAAGCCCAGAUUUGUCCAUUUGAGACGAGGCGGUGUAGAAUUCCUGAUUGACCAGAAUCCGUCAUAUGUGGGGAGAACGUCAGUGUCCAUCAACAAACUGAAGUGUGGAGACCUUUCACUGAAACUCUCCAAAGUGAAACUGUCUGAUGAGGGAACCUACAAAUGUAUCAUUCCUCCUCAGGAAACAAAAUCUGUGGUUGAGCUUUAUGUAGGUUCUGUCUCCUCACCUGUUAUGAGGAUUUCCAGAAUCAGCACUGGAUUAUUGUUCAUCUGUGAGUCUAAAGGCUGGUAUCCAGAGCCUGAGGUGGUCUGGCUGGACGGUGAGGGAAACCUCCUCUCUGCUGGACCUACAGAGACAGUCAGAGGUCCUGAUGACCUCUAUACUGUCAGCAGCAGAGUGACUGUGGAGAAGAGACACAGCAACAUCUUCACCUGUAGAGUCCAACAGAAGAAGACCAACCAGACCAGACAAGUGGAGAUUAUUGUUCCAGAUGAUUUUUUCAUUGUCCCAUCGAGUUCUGCUGUUCGCAUCGGCAUCAACCUUGCUGUUUGCUUUUUGUGUGUUCUCGUUCUCGUUCUGGUCUUUGCUUUUUGGAAACAAAAACUUGACAAAAUUGAAAAUAAAAAUCAUCGUGAGGAUGAAGCUGAACCGGGAGAAAAGAAGAUCACAUGUAACAACGAUGCUGAACUCCAGUCCCUGAUGGAAGGGGAAAGAGACGGAGAGCAGCAUAUGACAGAAGAGAAGAAAAAUGAGUGUUUAGAAAAGAAGAAGAAGAAACUUAGUGAAGCAUUACAAAGGAAUGAAGAAGAAUGUAAGGAUGUAGUACAGGCAGUUGAUUCACUGACAGAAUAUAAGGAGGCACUGGACAAACACAAAUCUGAACUUAACCUACUCUCUGGUUGUAUGAAUAAACAGCUUGUUUUAGUUAAGAGAUUGUUGAAGGAGGCAUAUACUGAAGAGAAAAAAACGAAUUAUAUGAAUAUGAUAGAAGAACUGGGGAAGAGAAUAGAAGCAACUAAAAAUCUGUUAAAGGUCACAGAAAAACUGCUCCAGAAAACAGAGAAGGUGAUUGGUCAAAAAACAGAAAGGAAACAUGAACUAGAGCUCUUAAAGGAGCAGAUUAAUAAAUACCUGCAGGAGAAUCAGAGGGCUGAGAUUCAGGAGGAACCUCAGACAGAGCAACCAGAGAGAGAAGAAGGAUAAACAGCCGUUUAUUUACACUGUAUUUAAAUGUUUAUUUCUAAUCUGCACAUAAUGUUCACAGAAUGGGUUAUCUUAAUGAACAUUUGAAUUGUGCUCAUUAUGCUCAUUUGAAUAAGACCAGACCAGAGACAACAGCAGAAGAAACACAGCUUUUUCUGGCAAACAAAAGUAAUUCAACAAGGCAAUACAUUUAAGAAAAUGUCCCUGGUAGUUUACUUUAUUUCUACUGUUUACCUCUCAAUCAUUGUAAGACGCAAUAAUUACCGGGGUUAUAUCCCCAUAAACUGUCAACUGUGCGGUGCCUCUAUGGCUUAGACCAGAACUGAGGUUCAACUCUGUCUUUCUCGUUUCCUGUCAUCUCUCCACUUUCACUAUCCAAUACAAGGACAAAAUGAUAAUCAUUUUAAAAAGAAGACUACUGUGUUAAAGUCAGAUUCAUUUUAUUAUAGUUGCAAACAACAUAUUCUUCUUCACAUUCUCUGCAGUAAAUCUAUCAAUAGAGGUCCACCCCAAUAUUUCCAAAAGGUACAUUUAUAUAUAUUUUUAUAAUUAAAAAAUCUUUCAAUAAUAGCUCAUUUCAGAGGAAUCCAUCAAAUUGAGGGCUGAUGGAGUACUUGGAAAUGUAUGUUCUGUUCAUGUUACCCUUUCUGUCCCAUUUUACUGCAGUUUACAAAAAUAUUUCAAUUCUGUCUAUUUAUAUUUUUCUACAUCUCUUGUACAACCUUUUUUUAAGUUUCAAAAGGCGUCUGAUUAUAUGUCACAUUGUGACAAACUUCAUCUUGUGAGUAUUAACAUCGUCUUGUGCUUUUGACCUUGUUUUUCUAAAUGAUGCAAUGUAAUUUUAGUGUGUACAUAAACUGACUUGAAAGUGACACAGCAUACAUAAAUUUUAUCAUUGUAAAUACUGUAUAUUUACACUGAGUUAAUGAUGAGUUUAAUAAGUACCAGUGUCUCUGUGGGAAUAAAUUAACCUCAUUUUACUGUAAAUACCAUAAAACUUGAAUUGAAACCAGGGUCCCAGUUAGAAGCGAGGCUCUAAUAAAUGCAGGUUUCAAUUAGAGGCCUGGUCUCAGUUUUAUAGAAAUUCUUUGGAUGUAUGAAACCUCUUAAAGAUGAAGUAUCUCUGUCAGAGAUAACACCUUGUGUUUCAAAAUGGUUUCAGUGAAUUUAUUGUGAAUGAACAAAUGAUUUAAUGAUGGAAUAAAACAUGUCUUUUUUUUAAAUAAAAAUCUAUAUCUGAA